UUAGCGAAAACGGUGGAAGUGCGUUUAUCAACACUUACAGUACCGAGAACAAAAAAAUUAAACAAUUUGAUUAAGAAAAAAUUAAGCGAUAUUGGUGUAGUUAAUCGAGGCUCAUGAAUUCUUAUUGGUAUUGCAUUAUCUAAAGGUUUAACAUUACCGGCGAGUUAAAUUGAUUGGAUUCUUGUACCAAAUUCACAACCUUCCCCCGCUCCACCGCCGACUUCGAACGAUUUUUCUUGCGCUGAGUAAUAAAUUGAUAAAAUGGCUGAGCGCGAGCGUAGCAUACACGAAAUGCUAAAAGACACGCCAUCCAUGAACGACACCUGCGGGGCAGUGCACACCGGCACAGAAGGAAGCGGCAUUGGCAUGAAUAUGGUGAUUAGUAGUAGUAGCCAUAGCAUUGGUGGUGCAGCCGCUGGUGGAGGUAUUGGACCACCUAAUAGUUUGCCGUUAAGGAAUCACUCGGCGCCAACUACUCCGAUGUCUCCUAUGACGAGUACCAGCACUCCUGGCAAUGGUGUUCUAACCUCGGCCGAUGGCAGCGGCAGCCUAAUACGUACAAGUGCUUCCAAAAUUGAUAGUCUCAAGAAUUGGAGCAUAUCCACCUACAAAUGCACUCGGCAGCUAAUGCUCGAGAAACUGGGCAAAUCGCAACGCACAGUGGACUCUGAAUUAGAGGCUCAAAUUGAACAAUUACGGGAAACGCAGCGAAAAUAUUUAUCCAUUUUACGCCUGACACGAGCGUUUAGCUCACAUUUCCAGCAUGUGGUUGUUACUCAGCAUGCUCUGGCUGAUUCAUUUGCGGAUUUAGCUCAAAAGAACCCUGAACUCCAAAAAGAAUUCACCUGCAAUUCGGAGACACAACGAAAUUUAACCAAGAAUGGUGAAUUGUUGCUAAAUGCACUUAACUUCUUCAUGUCGUCGGUGAAUACACUGUGCAAUAAAACUAUAGACGAUACAUUGCUUACGAUACGACAAUAUGAAACAGCCAGAAUUGAAUUUGAUGCGUAUCGCAUGGAUUUAGAGAAUACCAAGCCGGAGCUGACACAAACAGCUGCUGGUACCGCCACUGCUCUAGAGGAAUCCCAGCGAAGUUAUGCCCAGCAUAAGGAACAAUAUGAGAAAUUACGUGCCGAUGUGGCUGUUAAAAUGCAAUUUCUUGAUGAGAAUCGCAUCAAAGUGAUGCACAAGCAACUGAUUUUACUGCACAAUGCAAUUGCUGCUUAUUUUUCGGGUAAUGCCAUGGCACUGGAGAGCACAAUAAAACAAUUUAAUAUCAAGCUUAAAUCACCAAAUGCUGUCACUGGCUCCUGGCUGGAACAGUAGUCCUCAAAAUAUCUGUGGGCAUAUGCUCUUUCUAUACACAAAACCCUUCGUAUGUCUUUGCUGAACGAGAUCGCUCUCUUUAAAAAUAAUAACAAUUCCAUCAUAAAUUCGUAAAUAUUAUCAUUUAAGUCAAACUCUUAGAAUUCCUAAAACAAGCGGGAAGUUUGAUUUGAUACAUUUCCAAUAUAUAUUUCUAUAUAUAUUACUACAAUAUUUCCAUUU